AUGGAGUUGGAGUUGCCUAAUCGUUUAUACGGUGAGGGAUUGGAACCUCAGGUUAAGAAGAUUAAUAACAGCUGCCGACUAAAACUUCUCGAGUUGCUGAAAGAAAAAAUGGAGCCAGAAUUCGAUGAAGUUAUGAAAGAUCCCAUUUUUUCACAGAUUAUGGUUAUCCAGAAGAAUGAUCUGAAGUUUUCGGCGAGGUUGGUACACUCUUUCUUGUGUAAGGAGUUGAUAACAAGCAAGAGACAUAAGAAGUGGUUCACUUUCGCUAGGAGACCUCUGCAUUUUGGAUUGCAAGAGUAUCAUGCUGUCACUGGUUUGAAAGUGAAGCGAGAGAAUAACAGUGGGUUAGUGACUUGGAAAGAUGAUGAUGGUUUUUGGAGCAAGCAGAUAAAGACAAAUGGAAAAAUAAAUUUGCAGAUCAUUAAAAAGAAGCAUUUGGAAGAGAGCAAUACCUGGACUUGGGUUGAUAGGGUGAGACUGAUAUAUCUUUGCGUUAUUAUGGGUGUGGUGAUGGGGAAGGAUGAGAAGGUGAAUAUCCCGCAUCUGUACAUGAAGUUGGCGAUGGAUUUGGAGAAGCUUCGGAAUUACCCAUGGGGUCUGUAUUUGUUUGAUUUCCUUCUGAAGCAAAUUGAUAAAAUAAGGCAUAAAUUAGAGCAGAAAGAGGGGUAUCUGAUGGAAAAAUUCUUGUUUGGUUUCCAAAUUUGGAUAAUGGAAGCUGUUUCUGCUUUAGGAGAGAUUUGUGGCACAAAAGGGAUUUUGCAUUCAUUCAUGGAAUCCCACAUAGAUGGAGUGGUCGUUUUGGCAACUGAUUUUGUACAGAAGGAUGAGAAGAAAGAUGAAAGAGUAGAUCGCAUUUUGGAUAUGAUCAAUAGUAAACAUGAUUGGAACAAUCGUGUUUGGGGAGUAAAAGAAGCUUCGAACUCUGAAUUUGAGGAAUCUGGCGAAGAGAAAGGAGAUGAUCAAACAGCUGAUACUGAGAGAGGUGAAAAUAGUCAUGUUGCAGGGAAUGUUGAUGGCACAACUGAUGUUUCGGGAAGAAACAAGAGAAAGCAUGCAGACCGAGGAGCAGAGUCAAGGAAGAAGAAUGUUUUGUGCCACCUAGCUGCUUCAUCAAAAGGGAAUAUUGACACAGAUAUGAAAAAUUUCUUGGAAGAUCUGGUACAAGCUUCUUUUACUACUUUUGGGGAGAAAUUCUGUCAGCAGUUCUCGGACAGGUUGGGUAAGAUUGAGACUGAGGUUACACAACUCAGGACAGCUUCGGAGAGAACUGAGCAAUUUGAGACAGUUGUAACCGACAAUUUGAGCAGCUUAUUCCUUGGAUUGUCAAGGCCGUGCAGUCAUUGA